UCUUGGAUGGACAGUGGCAAUAGCGAGCCCGUCCCGCUCAGCAAAGGGGCCCUCCCCGCUAUUUCUAACUUGGGUCUUGUUCUGGGUUGGGGGGAAAUGCUGAAAUUGAGUCUAUAGCGCCCUAAGAGGACCAUGACCGGUGGCUGCUUCACAUUCCGAGAGGAAGUGAGGCCGCUUUUCCCCUCUAGGCUUUUGCUAACUCUACGAGGCAACCACAGAGUCCUAGGCUGUAGUGGCCAGAGCGGCACCCGGACCUUCCGCCGGGCCCUUCCGGCUAGAGCCCCGGUUGCCAUAACGACCCCCUCCCUGGUCCACGUCGACUCGAAGCAGGCCCGAUGGCCGCCUCGGUGUCGCCUGUGCUGGGCUCCGGCGGAGCCGACCUGGAGGAGGCGAGCCUGCUGGCCUGGCUGUUCCGGGCGGCGCCCCUGCCGGCUGCGGCGGGGGACGCGGAGCUGGCGGGCUACCUGGCGGCGCUGUCGGGGCUGGGCGUGGAGGCGCUGCGGAGGGAGCCCGGCCGGCUGGCGGAGGAGCGGGCCCAGCUCGGGGCGCAGACGCGGGCCCUGGCCUUCGCCCACUACAAGGCCUUCAUCCGCUCCGCCGAGUGCACGGCCGAGACGCGCCGCGGCUUCGGGGGCAUCGAGGCCGGCCUGGACCGCCUCCUGGGUCGCCUCCCGCCCUUCGCCGAGGCCUGCCGAAACUUCACACGAGAUGCUGAGCAGAUCGCCCAGAGCCGCCGCAUGAACAACCUGACCUUGAAUCGUCACACAGAGAUCCUUGAAAUUCUGGAGAUCCCCCAGCUCAUGGACACCUGCGUCCGCAACAGCUACUACGAGGAGGCCCUGGAGCUCGUUGCUUAUGUGCGACGCCUGGAGAAGAAACAUGCUGCCAUCCUGGUCAUCCAGGGCAUAGUGGCUGAGGUGCGCCAGUCCACACAGCUCAUGCUUACCCAGCUGAUCCAGCAGCUUCGCACCAACAUCCAGCUGCCAGCCUGCCUGCGUGUCAUCGGCUACCUGCGUUGCAUGGACGUCUUCACUGAGGCCGAACUACGCAUUACCUUCCUGCAGGCGCGGGACAUCUGGCUGCGCUCCAUCCUAGCCGCCAUCCCUGAUGCCGAUCCCUACGUGCAUAUUACCAAGACUAUUGAGGCGUGCCGCGUGCACCUCUUCGACAUUGUCACACAGUAUCGGGCCAUUUUUGCAGAUGAGGAGCCUCUGGUGCCACCUCCUGGGCAGGACAGUCUCAAUGAGAGCGCCAUCUUUCAUGGGUGGGUCUUGCAGAAAGUCUCGGAGUUCCUGCAGGUGCUUGAGCGUGACUUACAACGUGGUGUGGGUGGCCGCCUGGACUCUCUGCUGGGCCAGUGCAUGUACUUUGGCUUGUCCUUCAGUCGCGUAGGAGCAGACUUCCGGGGCCAGCUUGCCCCUAUCUUUCAGCGGGUUGCGCUGCUGACCUUCAAGAAAGCUGUGCAGGAAGCUGUGAACAAAUUCCAGGAGGAGAUGGACUCCUACACUCUCCUCUCUGCCCCUGCCGUCCUGGGCAGCACAAUCCCUGUGGCAGUGCCGUCUGCCCAGCCAGGCACUUUGCAGCCCCCUAUGGUGCUCCUAGACUUCCCGCCACUUGCCUGCUUCCUCAACAACAUCCUGGUGGCUUUCAAUGACCUGCGCCUCUGCUGCCCCGUGGCUCUUGCUCAGGACGUGGCCACUGCCCUGGAGGAUGCACUUGGCCAGGUGACAAAGGUCAUCUUGGCUUUCCACCGGGCGGAGGCGGUGGCUUUCAGUGGCCGAGAACAGGAACUGUUCACUCAGUUCUGUACAGCUUUCUUGGAAGACUUGGUGCCCUACCUUAACCGCUGCCUCCAGCUCCUCUUCCCCCCUGCCCAAAUUGCACAGACUCUGGGCCUGAAUGAAGCAGGGGAGCAGACGAAGUGGCAGGCGAGCGGCUGGGCAGCCCGCAUCCUCCAGCAUGAGAUGGACCACCUGCAGGGUGUGCUGUACAUUGACAAGAUGGACAGCAGGACUUUUGUGAAUGUGGAGUGGGACAAGCUCUACCAGAGCAGCAGCAGAGCCCGCCCAGCUCUGCAGGCCGACCCCUGGACGUCACAACAGACACCACUGCAAGCGGGGAGUCUGCUUCUUGUGUCUUUCCCUGCUGCAACUCCCAUGGGAUGAGGAGCAGCUGCCUGAAGGCCCUGAACAGCUCCUGUCUCUAGCAGCUGUGGAGGGUUCUCAGAGAUGGAGCUGCUCCGAGACUUACCUUACAGCAACAGCAGCCCUUAGCCGGUGUUGAGCAAAGCUUAAUGGUAACAUGCACCAGCAUGUGGUCUGCUCCCACUGAGGCCGCCAUUCCCCGCUGUGGUCUGUCCCCCGCCCAGCCCUUGGGCUUUGCACAAUGUCGCUGGACGCUGUGCUUUAGCCGCCUCUGGCUGCAGGGCUGAGAGGCUUUUGCUGCUGCAGGAGGGAGAACAUGAAAGGCUGCAGCAGCCAGGAGGAUGGAGCUCCUUCUUCCUCCUCUUCUGCCUCAGACCUUCUCUGCCCCGGAAGACUUUGGGAUUGUCUGUUCCCGUUUUGGCAAGCGUUUCCCAGAAAGCAUAAAGAAAUCUGCUCUUUGUUCUUGGCUGUGUUUCUAAAAUAAACAUGACACACAUCUUAUGGUUUUCCUUAGAAAGCCACCUGAAUAUGUAAAAAGGCAAA